AUGGCGUUACUCUUGGCUUCGCGCGCCGCCCGCGGGCUACGGCCUCGAUGCCGGGCAUCCGCCGCCACCGUCUUCUUCGCCCGGGCCGUAGGAAACACAUUCCCUUCAAUCCCGUCCUCAGCCCCCCUGCGCCAGACUCUAUCUCUCGCAUCCAUCACCAGUUUUAGCACCUCUGGAAAUCCAAAUAAGGAGGAAGAUGAGGAGGAGAAGCCUUGGAAUCGACGGUCGGCGGAGUCCAACUCGUCUUGGAUUGAUCUCUACUUGCCGGGUGCUGUGCGGCCGUAUGCUCUUCUGGCUCGUUUGGAUAAGCCCAUCGGCACCUGGUUGCUGGCUUGGCCUUGCUUCUGGUCUAUUACCAUGGCAGCACAGCCUGGGGAAUUUCCCGAUUUGAAAAUGCUAGCAUUGUUCGGUGUGACUUGUGGGGCCAUGCUUCUAAGGGACGCUGGCUGCACAGUGAAUGAUCUUCUUGACCGUGACAUUGAUGUGAAGGUGGAACGUACCAAGUAUAGACCAUUUGCAUCGGGUUUAUUAACACCAUAUCAAGGGGUUGGCUUUCUUGGAGUUCAGCUUCUAUUGGGUUUGGGAAUCCUUCUACAGCUCAAUAAUUAUUGCCAAAUUCUGGGGGCAUUGUCAUUGCUUCUUGUUUUUUCUUAUCCUCUGAUGAAGAGAUUGACAUUUUGGCCUCAAGCAUAUUUAGGUUUAACCUUCAACUGGGGAGCUUUAUUAGGAUGGGCUGCAAUUAAAGGAAACUUGGAUCCUCCAAUUGUUCUCCCAUUGUACAGUUCAGGUGUAUUUUGGACGCUUGUGUAUGAUACUAUUUAUGCUCAUCAGGAUAAAGAAGAUGACCUGAAAGUGGGUGUAAAAUCUACAGCUUUGAGGUUUGGAGAUCUGACAAAGAAUUGGAUCAGUGGAUUUGGGAUUGCAUGUAUUGGUAGCUUAUUGGUCAUUGGUUUCAAUGCAGAGCUUGCAUGGCCGUAUUAUCUUUUUCUUACAGGUGCAGCUGGACAGUUAGGGUGGCAAGUACUGACUGUUGAUUUGUCUGACCGUUCAGAUUGCAAUAGAAACCCAAAAGCCCUGCUAAAUCGUCAGGGGUGUGCACAAGCCUCGGUGGAGCAAGUGGGGACGGGGCUUGCGCACAAAUGGACGCUGGGACCACCCGCACACAACCAACCACUGCUCACAUUUCCCAAAAAUGUACCUUCAUCCGAGAAUCGAAUUCUCAUCACUCAAUUUGUAUCCACCAAAUGGUUUGGAGCUUUGGUCUUCUCGGUUUAUUAGGCCAGUUGGCAUUAUGAAAGGGUUCAGUUAUGUUGACUCUACUGCACAUGGUUUCUGAUGGCCUUCUUGAGAUCGAUUUCUGUUCCUUGGUGAACUCCCAUUCCAACAAGGAGUGUGCACAUACAUACACAAACACAAAUUUGAAAAUUUUCUGUCCAGUUGGUCAGCAAUUUAUUGAGAUGACCCACGGAAGAUGCGCGCAUGGUUCACAUUGAGAUGUGAGGCUGAGAGCCAUACAUAAGAUGCCAUUCCGAGGUAACCUUGAUAGACCGGAGUGGAUGGACAAAUGUCGGUGUGUGACCUUGAUUGAUACUAAAUGCAAUGAGAAUAGGAUAAUGCAGCCGUGAUGGAGGUGUUUAUUUUUUAUUUGAUGUCUGAGGUUGCAAAAUAUUUUCCAGACAUUUUGGUUUACACACUCAUGAUGAUGUAUAUCAAAGUGUGCAAUUCUUUCUUGUCCCCUCUUCUAUGUUUGGCUAUAAAUCAUAUUAUUUGUGCUC